AGCGAGCCCAACCAGCAACCGGCUACUACCCGGCCCGACUCCCCAAUGCAGCUCGGCAUGCCGAAACUUCCUUGUUCCUUCCUUUCCCAUCCACAUCCAUGCAUACAUACACAAUGGGGUAUAUUCGGAACAAUACCAAACAAAAACUUAACUAACUUAAGACACCGAAUUAUCUUGAUUAUAUCAUUUGCUCUUCUAUUUCUCCGAGAACAUUCUGAACUCUAUUUUCCCGCACACUGUCUUUUUUACCUUCUUCGCUGGCUCACCGUUUUUCACAUGGCCCCAUCAUAUGUACGUGUUCACUUUUUUGACCGCAUAUAACAUAUGUACACUAAUUAUGUGGGUUGGUGGGUGAAUCUAGACUUGGCUAUUCUUGUUGUAAGCUGAUUGUCUAGACUCGGAGAAUUAGUUGACUUGUUAUCCUGUUUUCUGUCUUCUUUUCUUGCUACUUGAUAGUUUAGUUACGUUGCAGUAGUAUGCCUCGG